UUGCGCCAAAAAUCUUUUUCAGAAGCAAGUGAUUGGAAAAAAGAAAAGUAGUUGAACAAAUUUUUGGGCAAUAAUGGCGGCACCAGGACCGAAGCGCGUGCUGACGCCCAGCAAGGAAAACGGAUCUGUGUCACCCGUCCAACAGCCGGUCAAGAAGGCAAAGACCAACUUGGACGCUGCCUUGACUGAGGAUAUGGAGAAUUAUAGCUGGAACGAAGAAUUUGAUAUAGAUGAGAUCGAUUUGGAGGCGGCGAUGGAUGCGGCUGCAUCACCGCACCAACUGAACCUGACCACAUGGCAGCGCUGCAUUAUCGAGGAAUUUGAAAUGGACCUGAAGACGUUGCACGUCAAAAUGGUAGUUAGGAAGAGCCCCAGCCAGACUCGCGAGACGGCCGAGUGUCUGGUACUCCCGCCGUGGAGUGUUUGCAACAUGAAGCAGGGCGAUUUGGUUUCGCUGCUGGCCAAGUGGCAGCCCUCGCAGAACGUCUAUGUGGUCGACAAGGAGCACGGCUUCUGUGUGACCAAUCCCGAUUUUCUGGUGUCGGGCACCACCGUCGUGGGUUCCCUCUUCUGCCGCCGCAAGACGGUGCUGCAGGAACGUUUCCGCGGCCUCCAGUGGAACAACCGUGUGAUGAUCCUUGGCACGCUGGUGCACGAGCUGUUCCAGCGCGUGGUCUCCGGGCGGGACUACACGCGCUCGCAUGUGCAGACCAUCCUGAAAUAUAUGCUGCAGAGCCCCUACCUGGCCCAGUUCCUCUAUGCGGGCGGCAUCACCGAGAACGAGAUAUUUGAGGAUAUGCAGCGGUUCGUCGAUCCCAUCGUUAGGUUCACCAAGCAGUACGUGCUGGGCGAGAAGCCAGCGGUGCCGACUCCAGCGAAUUUUCGCGGACGCAUUCAGCAGAUCGAGAUCACCGAGGAGAACCUGUGGGUGCCCCAGCUGGGGCUCAAGGGCAAAGUGGACGUCUCUGUGUCCGUGACCACGGCCAAUGAUCCCAUUCCGCUGGAGCUGAAGACGGGCCGCUCCACCUUCUCGCUGGAGCACACGGGCCAGCUGAUGCUCUACCAGAUGAUGCACUCGGCUCUGGGCGUUGAGACGCGCUCCGGGCUGCUGCUCUACCUGCGCGAGAACAUGAUGCGCGAGGUGGUCGGCAAACGGAACGAGAUGCGCGAUCUGAUCAUGAUGCGCAACGAUCUGGCCAAGUAUCUGGUCAAAGAGGUGAAGACGCCAGCCAGCGCAGAGGAGGACAUCGAGGAUCUGUACCUGCCGGAGCCCAUACACCAUCACAGCGCAUGCCAGACCUGCCAAUACAAGACGCUGUGCGGCAGCUACGCCAAGCGGGACACCAAACUGAAUAUGGGGCCCAGGCAUUCGAUGGCGAUCAUGCUGCCGGAUAUUCUGGAUCACCUGACCGAUGAGGAUCAGGAGUUCUUCCACCACUGGUGCGGCAUACUGGCCCUCGAGGAUAAGCACUCGCGCGCCAGCUAUAAGCAGCCCACCAUCUGGACGGAGGAUCCCGUCGCGCGCCAACAGCAGGGACGCGCCAUUAUCCAGCUGCGUCUCUAUCCUGGCCAGCUGGCACUCAAAACAGACGGCCGCUUUGAGCAGAACAUGGAGCUGCCGCGCCACGCCGAUCCCAGCAUUAACUUGCAUCUCUGUGGGUUCGAUGUGGGCGAGUACGUGGUCGUGAGCACCGCCUCGCGCAUGGCCGUUGCCGCUGGGAACAUCGUUUCGUUGGAGUGCCGCCGCCUGUCAAUCGCCCUGGAUCGCGACCUCAAGCCGCAGUACGAGGACGAGACCUUCAUCGUGGACAAGCACGACUCGCAGACAUUCAGCACCUUCAACUACACCAAUCUGGCCAUGCUGCUCUCCUCCACAUUGCGUGCCCAGCAGCUGCGCUCGAUUAUUGUGGGCAUGGCGAUGCCAGUUCCGGCAGACAGCUUGCCGGACACCCUUCUCACCGAGGGCCUCCACAUUCUGAUGAGUCUGAACAAGCAGCAGAACGAGGCCAUCAUGCGCUGCCUCAGCAGCAACACGCACUUUCUGAUCAAGGGUCUGCCUGGGACCGGCAAGACCCAGACCCUGGUCGCCCUCGUGCGUCUGCUGCAUCUGCUCGGUCUCAGCGUUCUGAUCACAGCCCACACCCACUCGGCGGUGGAUAACCUGAUGCGCCGUCUGAUGGGCUAUGGCCUGCCCAUGGUCCGGCUGGGCCAGAGCUCCCGCAUAGCCCACCACCUGGAGGAGAUCAGCGAGGCCAAUAUAACCAGACGCUGUCGCACUGUCGAGCAGCUGUCCGCCGCCCUGGAGACGCCCUCGAUUGUGGGCGUCACCUGCCUGGGCAUGGGCCAUCCCGUCUUCCGGAACCGCCACUUUGACUUCUGCAUCGUCGACGAGGCCACCCAGGUGCUGCUGCCGACCAUUUUGCGGCCCCUGUUCUACAGCCAGCGCUUCGUUCUGGUCGGCGACCCAGAUCAGCUGCCGCCGGUCGUCAAGUCGCGCGAGGCCCGCAAGCGAGGCGCCGACGAGUCGCUCUUCGAGCGCCUGGACUCGCCCGACUGCACGGCCGAGCUGUCCGUGCAGUACCGCAUGAACAGCACAAUCAAUCGGCUGGCCAACCGGCUCACCUACGACGAUCACCUCAGGUGCGCCAAUGAGUCCGUGGCCAAUGCCCAUCUGCAGCUGAAUUCGAUGCGCAACUCGCCCGUGUGGGUGCAGCGCGUGCUGCAGACUCAUCUGGACAACGCCGUGGUGGUGGUGGACACCGGCGACUGCUCCCUGCAGUGCCAGGCAGUGUCCAAGGGCUUGCAGUGGCUGGGGAAGGCCGACUCGAACAUCGAUCUGAAGUACGGCGAACAGGAUCCCGAAGUGGAGCACUCGGAUGUGGCACAGCGUGUGGAUGGUCGCCGCAUCUCACAGUACACGAAUACCUGCGAGGUGGGCGUUGUGAUGAACCUGCUGCUCCAGCUGCAGAUGGCUGAAUAUGAUCUAUCGACCGUUGGCGUCAUUGCGCCCUACCGCGCCCAAGUGGAGCUGCUGCGGCGACUGGGCGAGCGGCUGGACGGCCGAGUUGAGUUCAACACGGUGGACCAGUACCAGGGCCGCGACAAGAACAUCAUCAUCUACAGCUGCACCAAGACCGGACGCGAUCCCCUGGAGAAGAAGCGCUGCCGCGCCGCUGAGAUACUCGAGGAUAGGCGCCGCCUCACGGUGGCCAUCACGCGCGCCAAACAGAAGCUCAUCAUCCUGGGCGACGUCGCCUGCCUCAAGAAGUACAACCCCUUCGACAGCCUGUUCCGCAACAUACCAGAGAAGUGUGUUCUGCCGCUGAUCGAGGGCCGCUUGGAGUUUGCAUGGAAGUGUCUGCACACGGACCUCAAUCGCCUCAUCGACCCAAUGGUUCUUUAGGUCUUUAGGUCUUUAGUCAAUUAGUUUUUAAGAGUUUUGCACGUUAUUUGACGAGUUAAAGGAUGGGCAAAAAAAACACACACACACA